GAAAAAAAAUGUUACGCUCGUUCGUUACCUGACUGGCGAGGUUGAGUUUACAGAGACAACAUCCACAGGAGAGAGAGAGAGGAGGAACAUGGAAUGAAGAAAAUGACAUUAAACAAAAAACACAAUGAGGUUGGAAUUACCGUGUCUUAAACCAACCGGAGAAGGUGUAGAGCUGUUGUGUUAGCCCGUCUGUCCAACCAACCGCUCCACCAGGUGUAUCAGACCGCUGGGAAUGACUGCACCUUCACAACCUCACCAGGAGUGGGCCCUGGAGGACGACGCCCACAUCAAUCACACAGCCAGGAGCUAGGAGCACAUUUCUUCCUUUUAGCUAGGAUAGCCUUUCUUACUUUAGCUAGGAGGACCUUCCUUCCUUUAGCUAGGAGCACCUUCCCUCCUUUAGCUAGGAGCACCUUCCUUCCUUUAGCUAGGAGCACCUUCCUUCCUUUAGCUAGGAGCACCUUCCCUCCUUUAGCUAGGAGCACCUUCCUUCCUUUAGCUAGGAGCACCUUCCUUCCUUUAGCUAGGAGCACCUUCCUUCCUUUAGCUAGGAGCACCUUCCUUCCAUUAGCUAGGAGCACCUUCCUUCCUUUAGCUAGGAGCACCUUCCUUCCUUUAGCUAGGAGCACCUUCCUUCCUUUAGCUAGGAGCACCUUCCUUCCUUUAGCUAGGAGCGCCUUCCUUCCUUUAGCUAGGAGCGCCUUCCUUCCUUUAGCUAGGAGCACCUUCCCUCCUUUAGCUAGGAGCACCUUCCUUCCUUUAGCUUGGAGCGCCUUCCUUCCUUUAGCUUGGAGCGCCUUUCUUAGUUAGCUAGUGUGAGUCCAGUCCUAGGUUUAGAUGCAGCUUUGAUGCUGGUGGUGAUUUAGAGAGAGAGACCCACAGAAGAGGAUGGCUCAUCAGUUCACCUGAUCUCUACCCUUACUGUUGCUAACUUGAUUAGUAGUUAUCAGCCGUAGGCCUCAUAAAGAGUAUAUUCACACUCACACAUUCAGUACUAGCCCUACACUGUGUGGUGACUUGGCUCCCUCCACCUCUCCAUUCCCCUCCACGCCCCCCUGCCGGUCUGGUGGAUGUUUUGGCGGCUCUGAGGACUGCAUGGCAGUGGCGUAAUCGUGGAGAGGCCAGGGUACCACAAACUUAUGGACUUUGACAAGAGAGGAGGAGGAAAGGGGGAGGCAGAGGAAGGAAAGAGGAUGUCAAAGACGGGAGGGAGCCGGUCGGGGCACGGCAGUCGCAGCUCGGGGAGCAACUCCGGGGUGCUCAUGGUGGGCCCUAACUUUCGGGUUGGGAAGAAGAUUGGCUGUGGGAACUUUGGAGAGCUACGCCUGGGGAAGAACCUGUACACUAAUGAAUAUGUGGCUAUCAAACUGGAGGCCAUCAAGUCCCGGGCCCCACAGCUCCACCUGGAGUACAGGUUCUAUAAACAGCUGGGGAGUUCAGAGGGCGUCCCCCAGGUAUUCUACUUCGGGCCCUGUGGGAAGUAUAAUGCCAUGGUUCUGGAGCUGCUGGGACCCAGUCUGGAAGACCUGUUUGAUCUGUGUGACAGAACCUUCUCCCUCAAGACCGUCCUCAUGAUCGCUAUUCAGCUGAUCACGCGGAUGGAGUUCGUCCACACCAGGAGUCUGAUCUACCGGGACGUGAAGCCAGAGAACUUCCUGGUUGGCCGGCCCGGCAGCAAGCGGCAGCACACCAUCCACAUCAUCGACUUCGGCCUGGCCAAAGAGUACAUCGACCCUGAGACCAAGAAACACAUCCCAUACAGGGAGCACAAGAGCCUGACGGGCACCGCACGUUACAUGAGCAUCAAUACUCACCUGGGCAAAGAACAAAGCAGGAGAGAUGACCUGGAAGCUCUAGGUCACAUGUUCAUGUACUUCCUGCGAGGCAGUCUGCCCUGGCAAGGCCUGAAGGCAGACACUCUGAAGGAGCGCUAUCAGAAGAUAGGUGACACCAAGAGAGCCACGCCCAUCGAGGUGCUAUGUGAGAGCUUCCCAGAAGAGAUGGCCACCUACCUGCGUUAUGUGCGGCGCCUGGAUUUCUUUGAGAAGCCGGACUACGACUACUUACGCAAACUCUUCACCGACCUCUUCGAUAGCAACGGCUACGUCUUUGAUUACGAGUACGACUGGGUCGGCAAGCCACUGCCCACUCCUAUUGGUCCAGUCCCCAGUGAGCCCCUCCUACAGUCCAGCAGCAGAGACAAGGCAGCGCAGCAGACCAAAAACCAGUCGCCAGAACCCAAAGGAAGUGAUUCCCAGCCCACUCCAGUGACCAAUAGGGAGCUGCUGGGAUCCCAUCUAACAGCUGAUAGGCUGGGGGGCUCUGUCCAGGUGUUGAGUUCAACCAAUGGGGAGCUGAAUACAGAUGACCCGACGGCGGGCCACUCCAAUGCACCCAUCACUGCCCCGGCCGAGGUGGAGGUGGCCGACGACACUAAGUGCUGCUGUUUCUUUACGAGGAGGAAGAGGAAAGGCCUUCAGAGACACUAGUGAAGAAGAGGAAAGGCCUUCAGAGACACUAGUGAAGAAGAGGAAAGGCCUUCGGAGACACUAGUGAAGAAGAGGAAAGGCCUUCAGAGACACUAGUGAAGAAGAGGAAAGGCCUUCAGAGACACUAGUGAAGAAGAGGAAAGGCCUUCAGAGACACUAGUGAAGAAGAGGAAAGGCCUUCAGAGACACUAGUGAAGAAGAGGAAAGGCCUUCAGAGACACUAGUGAAGAAGAGGAAAGGCCUCCAGAGACACUAGUGAAGAAGAGGAAAGGCCUCCAGAGACACUAGUGAAGAAGAGGAAAGGCCUUCAGAGACACUAGUGAAGAAGAGGAAAGGCCUUCAGAGACACUAGUGAAGAAGAGGAAAGGCCUCCGGUGAAGAAGAGGAAAGGCCUUCAGAGACACUAGUGAAGAGGAGGAAAGGGCUUCAGAGACACUAGUGAAGAAGAGGAAAGGCCUCCGGUGAAGAAGAGGAAAGGCCUUCAGAGACACUAGUGAAGAAGAGGAAAGGCCUCCAGUGAAGAAGAGGAAAGGCCUCCAGAGACACUAGUGAAGAAGAGGAAAGGCCUUCAGAGACACUAGUGAAGAAGAGGAAAGGCCUUCAGAGACACUAGUGAAGAAGAGGAAAGGCCUUCAGAGACACUAGUGAAGAAGAGGAGGAGAAGGAGUUGUUGGAAACCACACUGACAGACUGACAGAGGGAAGGAAGCAGUACUGAAACUGAGCUGAGCCCAGUACUCUACACCCUCCUCUCUGUCUGUCUCACUCUGUAUGUGUUCAGUUAGAGCGCCCCCUGUUGACCCUCCUGCAGUACUACAACAGACUGAUGACUUGCCGCUACAGACGGACAGGACACAAUGGGACAGAACCAUGACUGUCUGUGCUUGGACACGUUUUAUAUUCUAAACCUGAAGAAGAAGAUUGUAAUGAAUAAAUGUGUAUAUUUCUAUGAGGAUGGAUGGAUGAAUGGAUGGAUGAAUGGAUGGAUGAAUGAAUGGACGGAUGGAUGAAUGGAUGGAUGAAUGGAUGGAUGAAUGGAUGGAUGAAUGGAUGGAUGAAUGGAUGGAUGAAUGGAUGGAUGGAUGGGUGAAUGAAUGAAUGAAUGGAUGGAUGGAUGGAUGGAUGGACGGACAAGGCCUGAAGAUGAGCUCAUGAUGGGUGGAUGAAUGGAUAAAUGGAUGGAUGGAUGAAUGGAUGGACAAGGCCUGAAGAUGAGCUCAUGAUGGGUGGAUGAAUGGAUGGAUGAAUGGAUGGACAAGGCCUGAAGAUGAGCUCAUGAUGGGUGGAUAAAUGGAUGGACAAGGCCUGAAAAUGAGCUCAUGAUGGGUGGAUGAAUGGAUAAAUGGAUGGAUGGAUGAAUGGAUGGACAAGGCCUGAAGAUGAGCUCAUGAUGGGUGGAUGAAUGGAUAAAUGAAUGAAGAGAGCCAGGAACAACCUGAGAAAUCAUAAAUAAGAGACUAUUAAAAGGACAGAGAUCAAA